AUGUCGGCGAGAGGUCCUGAGAACCCUUCGAAGCGGGUCUUGUACGAGGAGGGCGGCGGAAACGUUUUCGGAGACCCUGAGGAUGAAUCUGACGAAGAGGAUGAGGUGGAUGACGAGGAGCUGGAGUCAGGAUGGAACGGUGGCCUUUUUACUGAGGACAACAUCAAGUUUUUUCGAAACCGAAUGCAAGAUGCUGUUUUACCCUCAGGCAUUACUCGACUUCCUUCAAAUCUUGGCAAAUCAAAACACGGUAAACUGAAAGCGGCCCAAUGGCACAGCUUGUUUGCUUAUGUCAUCCCUCUGAUCGUACUGGAAGUUUUCGUGACUGAUGUUGAAAACAUCCCCGUGGAUUCAAACCGAGGGAAAAUUUUAUUGAACAUAUCCGAUUUAUCGGAAAUGGACAAAACAAUUUCCCGUCGCUUCGGUCAGCUCCAAAGACUGAUGGCGGAUCAUCCAAUCUCCGUCGACACUGAAAGUCUCGAGGAAGGCGUGGAAAUCUUCAAAACAAAGCGUAAUGAGAUCGAGCUGAAAGACAACGAUUACGAGGCGCUACUGGCGUUAAUUAGGGUGACCAUGCCAGACGCUCGUCACCAUCGGGAACUUCCCCAUCCUCCAAUGGCUCGAGUACUACAUUCUUACGCAACACCUCAACCUUCUUGGAAAGUAUCCCAGUAUGUAUCGGUGUCUGUGCUCAAACCAAACAACUGCAUCAAGUAUAAAGAAGGGGGUCAAGUCCUCGACUCCUCCGUAUUUGUAUCACCCACGAAAGUCACUGCCGUGGCUGCUUACCGGCUUUUACCAAAUGACACUUGGGGUAUACCAGAAGGAGGUAUUAUCUUACGCCCGUGUGAUCACAAGUCCGUGCUUGAAGAAUAG